UAAUGUCACUUUGACAGUUUAUCUUCACUGCGUGAGAGAUAUUCACGUGUUUUUGCUGUUUCUUUACCGAAUAAACAUAGAUUGGCGGUUUGUAAGUCGAGGUCGGGGCCUUGAGAGCGGCCUACAUUGCGCGUGCACCGCCGUCUAGCCGGCUCGGCGAGAGGGGCGCGCCUCACGGCACUCGGCAGCGAAAGCGACCUGCUCGGAGCCAGUUGCAUCAAGCGAGAAGGGAAGACGGCCGCAUGAGUUGGGACGCACUCGCUCCCGCUGACACACAUCGGUCAUGGCUUGCGCGAUGUGUUUAAUAGCGGCCGCGCAACGGACGCGAGGCCAUUCGCCCCGCGACACUCGACAUCGCGGUGCGCCGCUCAAACGAAGGUUAUGUUUAUCUAUUUGUAUUUCCGCGCACUACACAGCGACUAAUGUCCGACGGAAAUUUUGAGACUAAACAAAUAUGCUGAAAAUGAGAUUGCCGCGGUACGUGCCUUUGUAUCCGGUGUUGGGAUUACUGGGAGCUUGCGCACAGGCAUUCAGAGUUAUACCAGUUUGUAACUCAUCAAUUUAUUGCACCGGUGAACUCCUUCACAAAGUUCAACUUGCUCGCGUAUUUCCGGAUUCGAAGACAUUCGUAGAUCUCAAGCUAAUUCGCCCGGAAAAUGAAACUUUAGCUUAUUUUGCAAAAUUGAUGCACGAUACUCAUCGUAACCCCACACGAGAACAACUAGCUAGUUUUGUGGAUAAUAAUUUCGAGGACGGAAACGAGCUUGAAGAAUGGAAACCGCCCGACUUUAAUCCAGAUCCGCCAAUGCUCAAUACUAUCACCGAUUUGAAACUUCGGCAAUUCGCAAAAAGUGUGAUCAGUAUAUGGGCCAAAUUAGGGCGGAAAGUGGGUCCUGAUGUCAUGCAGGAACCGGAUCGUUACAGUUUUCUCUACGUGCCUAACGGGUUUAUUGUACCUGGAGGACGCUUUAAAGAAAUAUACUAUUGGGAUUCAUUUUGGGUGAUACGUGGACUACUUCUUAGUAACAUGACACAAACAGCAAAGGGAAUGAUUGAAAAUCUUUUGCAUUUGGUGGAAAAACUUGGUUAUGUUCCAAAUGGUAGUCGAAAUUAUUAUCUAGGUCGAAGUCAACCACCUUUGCUGGCGGCUAUGGUUGGCAGUUAUUUUGCGGCCACUGGUGAUCUCGCAUGGUUGGAGCAAACCAUAUUGACGGUAGAAAAAGAACUACAAUAUUGGUUAGAUAAAAAGAAAGUCACAGUGAAAGUAAACGGUAAGCAGUAUGUACUCCUCCGAUACCUGGCCGACAGAAAAAGUAAAGGUCCUCGACCGGAAUCGUAUUAUGAAGAUUACACAAAUGCACGUUCAUUGCCAACUGAUGACAUGCGUGAAGAUUUUUAUUAUGAAAUGAAAAGUGCAGCGGAAAGCGGUUGGGACUUUUCAUCGCGCUGGUUCGUAACUGCUCAUAGCGAAAUCAUUGGUAAUUUGACUGAUGUUCAUGCAUCACGUAUCUUGCCUGUCGAUCUGAAUGCUAUAUUUGCUGGUGCUUUGGAACUCGCUGGUGACUUCAGAAAUCGACUAAAAGAUAGACGAGAGGCGCAAAAAUGGUGGAGCUUAGCCAAAUAUUGGCGAAAUGCGAUUGAGAACGUUUUAUGGGAUCCUAAUGAUGGUGUUUGGUAUGACUACGAUGCUCAAGCCAUGUCACCACGACGGCAUUUUUAUCCCAGUUGUGCUACGCCGUUGUGGGCAGGAGCUAUUGAAAAAUAUGAUGCUCCCCGAUAUGGAUCAAAAUUGGUAAGAUACUUACUUUCGUCUGGUGCUCUAAACUAUCCCGGAGGCGUACCUGCGUCAAUAUUACAUUCAGGAGAACAAUGGGAUUAUCCCAACGCCUGGCCUCCUUUGCAAAGUAUAUUGAUUGGAGGUUUGGAUAUGAGCGGAGACGAGGAAGCUAUGCGGCUGGCUAGAGAGCAGGCACAGUUGUGGAUAAGGGCAAAUUACAUUGGAUACUCAAAUUGGCAGAAGAUGUUUGAAAAAUAUAGUGCCGUGCAGCCUGGUCACCACGGCGGCGGCGGGGAGUACGGAGUACAGGACGGGUUCGGGUGGACUAACGGAGUGGCAUUGGAGCUGCUGCAUAGAUACGGAAAGGACAUGAAGUUUGAUGAUAAGUUACCGACCGCUUUGCGUUAUGUGCGGCUCGUUAAGUAGGCCUUAUUUAUUAUUACUUAGUGAGUUAGUUAUAAGAUAGAUUUUGUAUCAAUUUUGUUCCACAGUAGUAUCUAAAUACCUACAUAAUAUGCGUGCUUCACACGAGUGAUAUGAUCACUUUAUUUAUAAGUUUUAAUUAAAAUGUGAUAUUAACAAUUAUGCGAGUUGAAUCAUAUUUUAUGUCGUGUUGUCUGUAAAUAAACACGUAAAUGAUA